AUUUACUUAAUCCAGUCACUCUUUGCUAAAAUCGUACGAUGUAUGAUUGAAUUCCUCAAUGCUCUCUACAAUCUGCCGUUUGUACAGCGUCGGAACUUCCAAGUACCAGGACUCUCUACAGCUUUGGUUGGAGAUGUGGGAAUACCUUACCGGUAAUGUAGCUUGCAUAAUCUCGUUUGGUUUAGCUUACAUGUUGCCAAAGGAAGCAACAACCGCAGUGAGCUACAUGUACCUUGUGUGUGCGGCAAUUUGCACAGACGCAACAUCGUCAAUCAUGGUCCUUUUGCACGACACAAACCUCAACCACAAGAGGUAAACUUUCUCUAUCGGUACCAUAGUUGUUGGGGCUUCAGGAAAGGUCACAAACAAGAUUUUCUCUAAAGUGGCAACUUUACGAAACGAUGCUUCACUCCAGGAUUCUCACUGCAUUUCUCUUUCUUCUCACCCGACGUGUCGCGGCCGACAACUCGAUAGCCUUUAGCCAUCCAUUGAGGCCGGUUCCGGAACCUUUGGGCUGCUCUGACGACGGCAUGGGGUGCCCGUCUUGUGAAGCGGAUGAAAGGAACUGCAAGUCACGGGUUAGACGCAGCUGGUCUCGCCUGGGCAACGUCGAGAAACAAAGGUUCUUUGAUGCCAUUAACGUCAUGAAGAGUACCCCCAAGAGCGAGGGUCGGGAACUGUAUGGAUUCGACUUUACUCCGUACGAUGAGCUUAUUCUUCAGCAUGCGGCUGCAGCCAACGACCCCCGCGGAGACCAGGGCCAUCUCGGUCAGCACUUUUCUCUGUUUCAUCGGCUUUUCCUGCUCAAGUUCGAGAACUCUUUGCUGGCAAUUGAUCCGCAAAUUGAGGGUUUACCCUACUGGGAUAUGCGCGAGGGCCCCGACGUCGUCUUUGGGCCUUCCCCGAUAUCCUUCGGCAGUUCCACUGGUCAAGGUUCUAACUACGAAGUCACUGAUGGAGCCUUUGCCAACUGGGAUGUAGCACCCUUAGACAGCCAGUUGCUGCAAAGCCGGAGCCUCUACGAAGGGUUCGAUGAUAUCUUCAGCAACUAUACCGGAACAACGUUGCUUCGCACAACCAACGUGCCCACGACAUCAUUGGUUCGCUAUCCUGUCUGUGAUGGAGGCAAUGACGUUGGUCCUUUGACUUACAGCCAAGCAGACUAUGAAACUUGCGCAAAUCAAACCACAUUUGGCGACUUUCACUGGUGUUUGGAGAGCGAGAGUACCAAUGGAGUUCACUCUAUGGCGCACUUUUGGAUCGGAUCUGCCGACAGUAACGAAUAUGGCUUCGGCUGCCCUUCCUUCUCACCUCCCAACUUGACCGAGUCCGGCGCCCGACAAGGUGACUAUAUUGACAAAUCGACGUCUCCCAACGACCCCAUCUUUUGGCUCCAUCAUAGCUUUGUAGAUAUGCUGACCAUGUCAUUCAUGAGACGAAAUGAAGCAGGGGACAGAUUUUGGUCCUUUAAAGCUUCCGAUGAAAACGGGACGACCCCUCAUGUGGAAGGUACCUUUCUCCGCGAUGUUGUAAGCUCCGCUUGGCCGUUUGAAGGGUCUGAAACUUUGAACGAUCCAGAAGCAGGCUCACCACCUCAGGGCCCUCUCAAGUAUUGGGAGGUCAUGUGCUGGGUUGGUCCCACCACUGCCAUCUACACUUACGAUGUCUUUGGCGACGAAAGUUGCGAAGCAAUAGUUAUGGAGGAGGAGGAGGAUGGGGCACAAGAUUCAGGAAAUCCAUAUCUUCUUCACAGCGUGCACCCCCUGCUGGGAUUUCUUCUCUUCGAAGUGCUGGCGGCCUUCUACUAGUAGAUCAUGGAAACAGGAUAGUUAGCUAACGGACUACUCUAGUAGUACUGUACUAGUAGCUUGCGAGAACUCCUUCUGAACACAACUUG